GAAGAAGCAGAGCAGAGAAGAAAAGCAGACACAAGGCAUUGAACCUCCAUCACCAUGGGGAACUGGAUUGAGAAUGAGGGGCUCUCCAUCUUUGUCGUUCUUGUAUGGCUGGGGUUGAAUGUCUUCCUCUUUAUCAAGUUCUACAGGUAUUAUGAUUUGGACGAUCGGUUCUUUUACACUAGAAAACUUCUUGGGUUUGCGCUGCCAUUGGCCAGGGCCCCUGCAGCCUGUCUGAAUUUCAACUGCAUGCUGAUUCUGCUGCCGGUCUGUCGAAAUCUGCUCUCCUUCCUCAGGGGUUCCAGCGCGUGCUGUUCCACAAGAAUUCGAAGACAACUGGACAGGAACCUCACUUUUCAUAAAAUGGUGGCAUGGAUGAUUGCACUUCACACUGCGAUUCAUACCAUUGCCCAUCUGUUUAAUGUGGAGUGGUGUGUGAAUGCCCGAGUCAACAAUUCUGAUAGCUGUUCAGUUUUACUCUCUGAGUUUGAAGAUAAACCUGGUCAAAGUUACCUCAAUUUUGCUCAAAGUAAAAUCCCGAAUCCUGAAGGAGGCCUGUAUGUGGCUGUGACCCGGCUGGCCGGCAUCACUGGUAUUGUGAUCACACUAUGCCUCAUAUUAAUUAUCACCUCCUCCACCAAAACCAUCCGGAGGUCUUAUUUUGAAGUGUUUUGGUACACACACCAUCUUUUUGUGAUCUUCUUCAUCGGUCUCGCCAUCCACGGAGCUGAGCGAAUCGUUCGCGGGCAGACCCCACAGAGUUUAAAGGAACACUCCCCUAAAGAAUGUGGCAGAGACCCCUCAACUUGGGGAAAAACAAAAGAAUGCCCAAUCCCACAGUUCUCUGGGAACCCUCCUAUGACAUGGAAAUGGAUAGUGGGUCCCAUGUUUCUGUAUCUCUGUGAGAGGUUGGUACGGUUUUGGCGAUCUCAACAGAAGGUGGUCAUCACCAAGGUGGUCACUCACCCUUUCAAAACCAUUGAGCUACAGAUGAAGAAGAAGGGAUUCAAGAUGGAGGUGGGACAAUACAUUUUUGUCAAGUGCCCCAAGGUGUCCAGGCUGGAGUGGCACCCUUUCACACUGACCUCCGCCCCUGAGGAAGACUUCUUUAGCAUCCAUAUUCGCAUCGUUGGGGACUGGACGGAAGGACUUUUCAAUGCUUGUGGCUGUGAUAAGCAGGAGUUUCAGGAUGCUUGGAAACUACCUAAGAUAGCUGUGGAUGGGCCCUUUGGCACAGCCAGUGAAGAUGUGUUCAGUUACGAGGUGGUGAUGUUAGUGGGAGCAGGGAUCGGGGUCACACCCUUUGCAUCCAUUCUCAAGUCCGUCUGGUAUAAAUAUUGCAACAACGCCACCAAUCUGAGGCUCAGAAAGAUAUACUUCUACUGGCUGUGCCGGGACACACACGCCUUUGAGUGGUUUGCUGACUUGUUGCAGCUUCUAGAGACCCAGAUGCAGGAGAGGAACAACGCCGGCUUCCUCAGCUAUAACAUCUAUCUCACAGGCUGGGAUGAGUCUCAGGCCACUCACUUUGCUGUACACCAUGACGGGGAGAAAGAUGUGAUCACAGGCCUGAAACAAAAGACCUUGUAUGGACGGCCCAACUGGGAUAACGAAUUCAAGACAAUUGCAAGUCAACACCCAAAUACCAGAAUAGGAGUUUUCCUGUGCGGACCUGAAGCCUUGGCUGAAACCCUCAGUAAACAGUGCAUCUCCAACUCUGAGUCUGGCCCCCGGGGAGUGCAUUUCAUUUUCAACAAGGAAAACUUCUAACUGGUGUCUUCCCAGGAGAUCAGUGUGGGUUAUGCCACCAAGUACCUAACCCAAUAAUGCUAGUUGAUCAUGUAAAUUCCCCCCUUAAAAAAAGAGAGAGAGAAAAUGAAACUAUAAGGGGAAGGUUUUCCCUGAAAGGAGUGUUAAAGAUUGUUUGAUAGUGAUAAUUUGCAUUUGUAUGGGGCUUUAUGGUUUUCAGAGCACUUUUACAAACUUGAUUUCAUGUUUUACUCACAAUAAUGCCAGAGAAAGGUAGGGCUAGGGUUCCUGGACUCAG